AUGAGUGAAAAGGGCUUAGCAGAACACUAUAAAGUUUUAAAACAAUUUUUGGUAAUCUCGGAUGAUCUGAGCACCAGAACUAAAACUAAUUCGACAAGAGCGGCUAGAGCCAGAGAAAAGCUCUUAAAGUUGUCGAGCGCUCAGUUCAGAGAGUUGAGUACCGACGUGUAUGAUGAAUUAAAGAGAAGAAUUGAUGAGUCCAGAGGUGAGCCUGAUUAUUUAUUACCAAAAUCAACAUUUCAUCCGAAAAGAAAUCAAGCAAGACAAAAAUUGUCUUCAUUACCUCAAUCGAGGUUCAAAGACUUAGUGUCAGAUAUUUCCUUCGAAAUAGAGAGAAGAGAUUUACACCGCACUUCUGACGUGAAUAAUAGUAAUCAUUAUGCAAGCAAUGAUAAUAGUAAAUCUUUAAAUCAAGCUGUCCAAGAUAAUGGACGCGAAAUAAAUAACAGAGAUAAUGUAGAUGAAAAUAACAAUGGUUACAGUACUAAAGGUGACCUGAAAGAGAUGGAUAGAGGCAUCAAUUCUGCGAAGCAGCCUAACUCGUCAGAGUUAUUGAAUCAAACGAUAGGGGUGCAACCCAAAACUGUGAUUCCAACCAAAGCAAAUUUGACUUGGUCUAGUGAUGAAGAAAAUGACGAUGAUCAGCCAGAGAUAAACAAACUGGAUAUACUUGUUGAUGGCGAUAGAGCUGGUAGCAGAAGCCUUGACCAUCAAAAUGAUAGGUCAUUUAACCAACAAGGCUCUGAUAUGGAUCAAACGAUCUCCGAGUUGAGAAAUCGUUUGGAUAAUAUUGAGUCCGAAAAAAUGCAGCUUCAAGAAAAAUAUGAUUUACUUAAAAGUGAUUAUGAGUACUCAGCUUCCCAGAAUAAAACACUCAGUGACGAAAUGGAUAAUUUGAGCGAAGAGAAAAAUAAUUGGUUACAGAAUAAAUCUGAUUAUGAAAGACGAUUAGAUGCUUUGCAAUCAGAGACUAACUCUAGGUCGAUGAACGAAACAAAGAAUAAUGAUUUGUUGUUACUGGAGUUAGAAAAUUUAAAGGCUACCAACGCAAGCUUACGGUUGGAAAAUCAUUCAAUGAAAAACACUUCCCCACGAGAAGUUUUCACUUCCCGGGAAGCCACAUCACCUCAAAGGUCGAAUGCUAGUGUCAGAGAAGCUACUUCUAUUGCUUCUUUGAAUGCUUUCAAUGAUAUUGGGGCUACAUCACCUCAAAGAUCGAACGCGACUUCGAAGGAUAUUUCUAUAAAUCCUUCUUCGAAUACGUCAAAUGAAUUAAAAAAAGAUAUGGAGCUAUUCAUCGAAAAAUUAUCUGAUUUAGAUUCCGCCUCAAUCAAGAAUCAGCAAAAAUCCCAGUUGACAGACAAUAAUGCUGCUGUAUGGCAAGAAAGGUACGAAGCCUUGAGGUCUGGCCAAAUUUCAAGCUCUUUAAAGGAAUCUGUUAUAUCCAGAGAUGAAUUGAAAACGUUUGUUACUCCAUCUGGAUUAAUCUCCAUGAAAUUAGUGACCGAUUUACAAGCUUUAGUAGAAAGUUUCUUGUUAAGUAUAAAUGAUCCAAAUCCCGUCCCUGACAUGUUAUUUGAUAAAAUAUCAAAAAUUUCUUUGCUUGGUAAUGAAAUUGCGAACCAAGGAGAGAAGCAGCAUUUGAACAGUAAUGAAAACUCUAUUUGUCUUCGGGAAGCAGUUAGUUAUGCUCUCACUACUACAAGGUAUUAUGCUAUUUUUUCUGAUAUCCUUCCAAAAAUAGUUGUUGAGAAAUCACUCGGUGAAGUUUGCUUUACUGUUUGUGAGUUGAUAUCCAUUUCAAAGUUAAAUGAAAAUUCCACAGGCACAAUAAAUAUUAACCAGGAACCUCUGCAUGUUCUGAAUGAAAAAACUAGACACAAUGAUGCGAAGGAAACAGAUAGCGAUAUUAACACUGCUGUGAGACCCUUGAAAAUGGCCAACAAAUUACGUGAAAAUCAAAACCAAAAUUUUCAUAAUGCUGAAAGAGAUAUGGGAUCUUCUACACCAACAAAAAGUCUCAAUGAGGGUUCAAUCCUAGAUUCACAGAAUGUAUCACCUACUAAGACUAGAGAAUUGACAAAAAGUCUCAAUGAGGGUUCAAUCCUAGAUUCACAGAAUGUAUCACCUACUAAGACUAGAGAAUUGACAAAAAGUCUCAAUGAGGGUUCAAUCAUAGAUUCACAGAAUGUAACGCCUACUAAGACUAGAGAAUUGACAAAAAGUCUCAACGAGGGUUCAAUCAUAGAUUCACAGAAUGUAACACCUACUAAGACUAGAGAAUUGACAAAAAGUCUCAAUGAGGGUUCAAUCCUAGAUUCACAGAAUGUAACACCUACUAAGACUAGAGAAUUGACAAAAAGUCUCAACGAGGGUUCAAUCAUAGAUUCACAGAAUGUAUCACCUACUAAGACUAGAGAAUUGACAAAAAGUCUCAACGAGGGUUCAAUCAUAGAUUCACAGAAUGUAACGCCUACUAAGACUAGAGAAUUGACAAAAAGUCUCAACGAGGGUUCAAUCAUAGAUUCACAGAAUGUAACGCCUACUAAGGCUAGAGAAUUGACAAAAAGUCUCAACGAGGGUUCAAUCCUAGAUUUACAGAAUGUAUCACCUACUAAGACUAGAGAAUUGGCACAAGAAAGAAUCGAUCAUAUUGAUUCGUCAAGUUCUAUUAAAAUCGAUGAAUUAUCUCCAGUGAGAAGGGGCAUCAUUCCAACUGAGUUUGCUUCUAGGGGAACUCCAAGCUUAUCCAAAAAUUUAAACCCCAGCCCAAGAAGUAGAAAUAUAAGUGCUUUGGCUUCUAAGUUUGAGGGCGGUAAUAACUCACCAGAAGAAACAAGAGUAUCCAAUUCAUAUUCCCCAGCAUCUAGGAGACAGAAUGAUUCACUUUUAACGCCUUCGGAAUCAAAGGGAAUUGAUUCAAAUGUAAUAUCAAAUGAAGGGAAUAUUACCCCAACAAAAAGAUCCAACAUUUUUGAUAGAGUCAAGCAGUUUGAUAGUCCAACGGAUAGAAGUAUACAUAAACCUCAAAGUAACACUGAUAACUUGACAAAUACAGAAAUUAAGAGUGACCAAAAAAGCAUAUCAAGUGACAACGAUAUGGAUGAAUCGCAAGCCAAUGAUCUGAAUGAUGAUGUUAACAAUAGCUUUUUAGUGAGUCGCUCUUCUUUAGAAAUUAGACAACAGAAUCAAGAAAAUAGGUCAGACUCUGCUCUAAGUUCUCCUCGAUUAGAAAACGUGAAUGAAAAUGAUUCAAUAGAUUCUAAAAUUAAUACUGGAGCAGCCGUUGCAGGAGCGGCCGCAGCUGGAACAGCAUUUGCAGGUUCUAGAAGCAAAGGGUUAUUUCAAAGUAUAAGGAAUAGGUUGGCGCCUGGAUCUGAUAAAAGUUCCACAACUGAUGCUAAUAAUGAAGAGAAAACUCACACCGAUCUUAAAUCCAAAGGAUUAUCAGACACUGAAAUAACUUCCUCGAAAAAUUCAAACGAUGAAGUCAAUACUCUUCCUGCAGUGAACAAAGACGUGGGUUCUAGGUCAAUAGUAUCUGAUAAUAUUUCUGAUGCCAACAUCUCCAACGUUUUGCUGCAAAAUAGUAAGAACAAUGACACAGAUAGUCAGUUUGAAAAUGUCAACCCAAUAAAUGAAAAAGCCGACCUCCCAAUUCCUAGCUCUAAGGUAGAGGACAUGAAUGGGAACCAAUCUUCUAUCAUACCACAAUAUUUAGAUGAAGAAUCAACUAAUAUGAAUGGCAAUCAGAAACCUCAAGGUUUAGACGAAAAUGCUACUAAUAUAAACAUGUCUAAUGAUAGGAAUAUAGAAACAAACAAGAAACCUAAAGGUGUCAAUUUUACAAAUGAUAGAAAUACAUCAAACGUUUCUGAUCAAGAAGAAUCCUCUUUUGAUGCUGAAUCCGAUGACAAUGAACACCCUCAAGAAUCCCAAGCAAGGCAAAGGCAAGAAUAUCGUAAAUCGAUGGCAGCAGCUACUUUCAAUGUUGAUCUCUUCGACAUUGACGAUCCGGAUAAUACUUUAACUCAGGUUUUACUUUACUUGGAACAUCAAACAGUACAAGUCAUUUCAACCAUUCAAUCGUUAUUGUCUGCUAUUAAAAAACCUAGUGCAACUAGAGGUGACUUGAGACAGAAGUCAAAAGCUAUCACUGAGGUAAUAUUACAAAUGACAGAAGCUACAAAUACAUCAAUGAAUCAAACUCGUAAUGCUCAAUUAAAAGAGCACGGUAGUUGGGUUGUCAAAAGCUUGGAUGAUUGCAACCAUCGUAUGAAUAUAUUAUGCAAACCUAAUGGUGAUAAGAAUGAUACUGAUUUCGCUGAUAAGAAUUUCAAACAGAGGUUGGCUGGAAUUUCUUUUGAUAUCGCGAAAUGUACCAAGGAAUUAGUUAAAACGGUAGAAGAAGCAAGCUUAAAGGAAGACAUCGCCAAUAUUGAUGCUAGAUUAAGUCAUUCCGAAGACUUAACCUAA